AUGAGGGCUUCUUCACUGUCGCGGCUUUUUCGAGCUAGCUCAGCCUUCACUUUUGCCUUCCACCUUUAUCUAUGUGUGAACCUCAGUCGUCAGGGCGUAGUUCCCGCAUCCGGCUUGGGACACUCUGUGCGCGCCGACAACGGAUCUCUAGUCCAACUCAGAGGAGAGUCGAGGGCUGCGCUCACCGGUGGGGCAUGCGAGGGAAACCCUUGUGGAUACCACGGCAACUGUGUCCCAUCAAGGAAUGGAUACACAUGCGCGUGUGAAGGAGGGUACAUCCUGAGCGGUGGCGCUUCGCCCACGUGCGUGAACAGAGACGUGUGUGAGUCCCAGCCAUGUGGAUCGAAGGAGAUGGUCAAGGAGUGCCUGCCUAACGGAAAGUAUUAUGCGUGCAUAUGCAAUCCGGGCUUUGAGGUGGUUGUAAGCAAUGGAAACCCAAGGUGCCAGAGGGUGGCUGGCAAGCCGUCGCCGUGCAGCACCAACCCAUGUGGCCCGACAGAUAAAGUCGAGGCCUGUCUGGUGACGGGGGAGGACACAUACGGGUGUUCGUGUAAAUCCGGGUACGAGGCGGUCACUGUCGACGGGAAAGAGAGGUGCGAUGCCAUAGACUAUUGUGCAAAGGAUUCGUGUGGGCCAUCAAAGUACGUACAGUCGUGCACAUCAGUGUCUGGCGGCUACACGUGCCAAUGCACAAAGGGGGCGAAGUUGACAGGGCCUGAAACGGCACCAACGUGCGUUGCCGGCGACGAGGAUAUGACGACGUGGUAUAUUGCGGGGGGAGUCGGGGGAGCUGUCCUCGUUUUUGUUGCGGUUUACAUGAUGCAGAAAAAGCCGUCCGGAAACCCAAACGACCCGCUUUAUGCGCACGAUUUUGAGGGGAUGUAUUGA